AAGACUUUACUGCUAUAAACAUCCUACUGAAUGGUCACAGUAUCUGAUUUGGGCUGAGAUAGCCCAAAAUUCCCUCAUUAACUCCACAUCUGGUCUCACUCCCUUUCAGUGCAUUCUGGGUUAUCAGCCUCCGUUGGCUCCGUGGACAGCGUCGUCCACUGAGAUACCUGCUGUUGACGACUGGAUGAAGCGGAGUGAGCAGGUGUGGGAGGAGACGCAUCAGCAGAUUUCGGAGGUUUUACGCAAGUAUAAGGAGCAGUCCGACAGACACCGUGGUACCACCCCCCAAUACCAACCCGGAGACAGGGUGUGGUUGUCGACCCGGGACUUGAGGUUUGAGGGGGCCUGUAGGAAACUGCUGCCUAGCCUCUUGUCCCAGGUCCGCUUGCCGAGGGUGUUCCUGAUGACGUGCCGCCCGCGGCAGUGGAGGGGGAGGAUUCGUCUACCUAUGCGGUUCGAGAGGUGCUGGAUUCACGCAGGCGUGGCGGUGUGCUCCAGUACCUCAUUGACUGGGUGGGUUACGGCCCUGAGGAGCGUUGCUGGGUUGCCGCCGGUGACGUGCUGGAUCCUGCUCUACUGGCCGAAUUUCAUGCCCGUCACCCUGGGAAACCUGCUCCCAGACCCCGUGGGCGUCCCAAGCGCUCACUCUCUUCUUCGGCUCCGGUGCGUCGGGGUUCCCAGUCUCGCAACCCCUGCCUGUCCGGCACCUCUGUGGCUACGCCUGGUCCUCCCGCCGGUACUCCCUGCCCAUUGGGUGGACGUCGUCGUGGUCGUCCCCGUUCCGGCUCCGUUCCGACUCCCUUGGGGGGAGGUACUGUCACGUCUGGUGCUGUUAGCUCCUCUGUCCCUUCCACACCCAGCUCUAACGGAGGUUCUCAGGUCAACAACUACAUUACCCAGAAUGCACCACCCGCUGACAUCACGCACUCACCUGGUCACGUGACACCUCACCUGCUUCCUCCAGGAAGUCCCGAAUACUGAUUACUGGCACUAUAAAAGAGCACUCCACACAAACACCCACGCCGCGUAUUGUAGGUUCUCCUCAUUACUAAGCGUUCUAUAUCUCUUGUCUCAGUUUAUCUUGUGUUUGACCUUGCUUUUGUUUUUCUCGACGCCGAUUAUUGCCUUUGCCUCUGAUAUUGGAUUGCUUGUGUAUUACCUGGACUGUGUUUUCACUACUGCCUCUUGGAUUACCUCUGACA